AUGCUCUUCUCAAUCCAAGAAAGUAUAUCAAAUCUCGAGGAUGUCUACUUAUUUUGUAUUGUUCUGAGCCGAGACCAAUUGAAUAGUUCUUGUCUGUUGUCGAGAGUAAAUUUAAGCAAAAUAAGUUCCUGGAAAAAUAAUCACUUAUUACUAGAAUUGGGGUUUAGUCUCAUUCAGCAAAAUGUUCUGGCAGGGGCUUUUACAACUCUGAUAGAUGGGAAAGAAUUGGUUGCACAUGGAGUUUAUUAUUGUUGGAAUACAAAUUCGGUCGAAAACAUCAAGUACAAGCAAAAAUCAGAAAUAACGGUGACCAGGUUUGGAGAGUCAUUUAAACAAUUUGGAAAUUUAAUUCCAGAAAGUUUAUACAUGCCAUAUAGAUCACUUGAAGUAAAUACACGAAGUAGCUUUUUGACUAGUUCUGCUAUUGCUUUGGUAAACUUGUACUCGUGA